AUGUCCGCGCCUCGCCCGACGUCUGUCCGCAUGAGAGAAAAGGAUGCUCAUUCCGUGUACUUUUGCGAGAAUUCGUGCCGCACGAGUUACUCCGGGUGUCUCGAUGAGGACUCGUCCAUGACCGAGCAGGAAAUCGCUGAAUUCAUCCGAUAUUCGAACCCAAGCCUGUACGAGAGGUUGAACGGCGUACGGAUCCCGAGCUCGUAUGUCGCGCCAGAUGACACACCUGCCCACGGGCAUUGCUUGAUUCCAGAAGCGAUUGUCGAGAACGGACCAGCGUCUCUGUUCAGUGAGACAGAAACCAAUCUUGAACCCGCGACUGGUUCAGUCGAUGCCAAUUGUCCAUCAGAGCUCGACCAUGAGUGCACUUCCAAGCCAGAGUCGCGCCCCGCAGCAGAGCCUAUCGUUCUCGCAGAUAGAUAUCACUUUACCUUCUAUCAGCACAGUGAGCCUGGGAUCGUGUACUGCUGCUCUUCACCGACCUGUCCGAACCCUCGCAACGUGAUCCCACUCGGUAACUACUUCGGCAUCAUACGCGACGAAGCUUCGACUGAAGGAGACGAUCAACCCAAGGGAUACAACCGUAUCGCAUAUUAUUGUCUCGACUGCCUCGACCAAGUCGUGGACCGCGAAGAGCAAUUGGAACAGGAGCAGAAGACAGGUGUGCGGCCUGUGGACGGCGCUCAACCUGAUAAGAAUGUGAUUCUCCACAAAGCCCUAGGCAUUUAUCCGGAGCUGGACCAGAAGGACUUCUUUUUCGUGCGCAUCCCCUCUGAAGAAGCAUCGGAAGUUAAACCAGGCGACGCCUCGAAUUCGAAGAAGGUGAUCCGUCUGCGUCGGCAGAAGCAACUUGAAAUACACCGCAUUGCGCAAGGCUUGCGACAGCAGCAACUCACAACGAAGUAUCGAAUUCGCGGGUGCGGUUCCGGGUCUCACUAUGUGCAAAAUCAGGAAGAGAACGUGAGAGAGACAGAUGAAGAGAGAUACGGCCAGGCCAGGAGUCCUCCAACGGUGGCCGAAUAG